AUGGCUGCUAAGCUCUUCGAGAGCAUUGGCAAACUUAGUUUGGGCCUGGUGCUUGCCGGCGGAGUGGUCAACUCUACUCUUUAUAACGUGGAGGCAGGUCACCGGGCUGUCAUCUUUGACCGAUUCCAGGGUGUUCAGGACAAGGUGGUGGGAGAAGGGACCCAUUUUUUCAUCCCCUGGGUGCAGAAGCCCAUAAUUUUUGACUGCCGUUCUCGCCCUCACAACAUUCCGGUAAGCACAGGGAGCAAAGAUCUCCAGAACGUCAAUAUUACACUCCGGAUCUUGUUCCGGCCAGCGAUAAUGCAGCUUCCCCGGAUUUACACGACAAUCGGUGAAGACUAUGGCGAGCGAGUGCUGCCCUCCAUCACGACCGAGAUCCUCAAAUCGGUGGUGGCCCGCUUCGAUGCAGAGGAGUUGAUCACACAGAGGGAGUUGGUCUCCAGGCAGGUGAGCGAAGACCUGUCAGAACGGGCAGCCAGCUUUGGCCUCCUCCUGGAUGACGUGUCCUUGACUCAUCUGACCUUCAGCAAGGACUUCUUGGAUGCAGUAGAAAUGAAGCAAGUGGCGCAGCAGGAAGCAGAAACGGCUCGGUUCUUUGUGGAAAAGGCCGAGCACCAGAAGAACGCCGCCAUCAUCACGGCCGAGGGGGACUCAAAAGCCGCAGCGCUGAUUGCCAACUCCCUGGCUUCUGCAGGGGACGGGCUGGUUGAACUGCGCAAACUCGAGGCUGCGGAGGACAUAGCAGUACAGCUGGCCCGUUCCCACAAUGUUACCUAUCUACCAUCAUCUCUGCUCCCACCGCCUCGAUGA